AUGGCACAGCAGGUGGCGUCAGGCGCAGAUGACAGCAGUUCUCUACGUUGGUCGCCACCAACGUCGGCGCUGGUUGCCGCAGCGCUGGCCCCACCAGCAUUACGGCCGUGGCUGCCUGAUCCACCGACAAAGAAGACCAAUCACUUGGGUCUCGUUUGCGUGGUGUGUGGUGACACCAGCUCUGGCAAACAUUACGGGAUACUUGCAUGCAACGGCUGCAGCGGCUUCUUCAAACGCUCUGUCAGACGGAAACUCAUUUACAGAUGCCAGGCUGGAACGGGUCGUUGUGUGGUGGACAAAGCGCACAGAAACCAAUGCCAGGCUUGCCGUCUAAAGAAAUGUCUUGCAAUGGGGAUGAAUAAAGAUGCUGUCCAGAACGAGCGUCAGCCACGGAACACCGCCACCAUCAGGCCGGAGACGUUAAGGGAUAUGGACCAAGAAAGAGCUCUCAGAGAAGCCGCCGUCGCUGUCGGAGUAUUUGGGUAAUUAUAUACUAGAAUAUACAGCGUGGACAGUAGCGAAAUCUCAACCAAAGUUCGCAUCACACCAAAUACGGAGAGUUAACAGUUUACGGAGACUUAACGUGGUGGCCUGGAGGUUAAAAGGCCCGCCUUUCACACGUGAGGGCGCGGGUU